AUGAUCGCUCCCGUCCCAUUGUCAAUCGUCUAUAGUGACGGCCGCCACGUGGGCCUCGGCAUGCCUAGGGAGGCGAGCGGUAGCCGUCAGUCAGAGACCUCCACUUCCAGCCGUGGAGAGUCAGCAGCUAAACCACCGUCUGGGCCUAGGGUAUCGGUAGUAUACCCAAGCAAUCCUAGGAUGCCCAUGGGGGUGCCGAAGGAAAAUUUAUUCGGCGUCGACUAUCUUGGGCUGAACAAGAUUACGAUCGGGAGAUUGCCAGAUUUUGAGCGGAAUACCGCAUCCCCGACUCGGUACGGAUGA